UUUACAUUUAUGUUCACACCAAUAAUUAAAAUGAAAUUCUUUCCUGACCUCGGAAUUUUAGUUCUACAAAUACUCGCCUUUUUGCAAGGUGCCUUCGUCCUUGGAAAUAUGGACACAUCUCGUAAGGAUUUAUCAAUUCGCAAUGUUGCCCUACUUUGGAAAUUGUCCACCGCCUCUGUACCAUUCCUGGAUUAUUACGUUUAUCUCAACGAGAUUAACGUAACACUUCACGUUGUCAUUUUCGAGACCUCGAAACCCCCAGUGCUAGAGGAAAAUGAGAUUGACACGAGCUGCCUCUCUUACGGUCCAACGGCCCACACAGACCUGACACCCACCCAUCUGAUGCACUUGGCGGAAGCGUGUUACGUUAAAAUUUUCACAUCCGCGGAAAAUUAUGACGAUGAUGUUCGGUUCAAUUUGGAUGACGACGUCCACGCAGAAAUUGACCUCGCAGAUCCGGCUGAGUUAGUUGCCCAGGCAAUUGAUGGCCUUCCUCGUAAAGUUGGAGGGGUUUUGGGAAUCAGAGACAUGAUCAAAAUUGGGAUCGGAAAUCAUGACGAGAGAUACCUUCCCUUAUUUACGUUAAUAGUUGACUAUGAAGAUUACACAGGAACUAUCCAAACCUCCAAAGUCUGUUUUCUUCUCUCGACCACGUUAGAAUUUCUGUUCGAAAACGAACUUAAACCAGAAAUCUGGGAUUGUCGGCCCAUGUGCGUGUACAAUGAUGUCGCGGGAUUUUCAAAUUUCCGGUUCGAUGAUGCCGAUGACUCUAACCUGGUUGACAAUGUGUGGGACUGUCUUCGCCAACGAGUGUUGGAUGAUCCUGUCGGAUGGCUGGAGAAUCUCAAGGUCAUGGAGGAACUUAAAGGACAAGGUGUGCCUCAAGAAAAUGUUGGCGACGAUGCAGUACCGUCCGAGUUGACCGUUGAUGAGGUACAUCUUGAGUGGAGACCGUGUGAAAAAGGGGCCAACUAUCUUGAUAUGGUCGUCCAAGUAGAAGAAUCUAGAAACCAAGGGGACGGUAGCAAGAGGAAGAUGAGCAUUCACGGCGCUAUAAUAGAAUUAGGAGUGCCGAUGAAUAAGCCAGAUUUAGAGUAUCCCACCUGCUUGUUCAUCUUUGAGGAGGGCGUUCACUCCAAACUGACUCCGCACAUUUUGACAAACGUGACCAAGGUGUGCUACACAAUUAUGCGUAACAACGAACUGCAGGGGAAAACGAGUGGUGAACGCAGCGCAAUUAUGGCCACCUUAACCGAAGAAGGUUACAGAAUCAGUGACAAGGUAGAAACCGCAGUAAGUUUGAGUGAUCCGCAAGAUCGGAUGAAUGAGGUGCUAAGCACGUUACGGACAAAACCCGGUAAGGUUACACGAGUCAAGGACUUAUUCACAAAGUGAGCGGGGAAGAGGAACCUAUUCUGAAGUACACUGUUGACUAUGAGGAUUACUAAGGAAAUGAACAAAUUUCUAAAACCGUUUGCCUCCUCAUGACGGACACGAUGCAAGCGUUAAAGGAAAUUGGAGUUGAUGGAAUCCCGCUAAUUUGGGAGUGUGAGCCCUUAGCCAAUUACGAUGGUGGUAGGAGCGUUCUGCAACUCAUUGACCGUGAUUUGGACGAUGCACUCGUGAUUUCUGAGAUAUGGAAGUGCAUCAAAGUUUUCAUGCUGGAUGAUCGCGAAGCCUGGACGAAACGUUGGGAGACUAUCCAAGCGUUUAGGAGGAACAAAGAGCGCGAUGAGGACUUUGGAAAAGAAGAACUUUAAGUUUUUGUUUAUGUCCAAUUCGU